AUGUUGGGACAUGUACGUUCCAAAGCGCUUGAAGCUUUUAAAGUGAGGCUGGAGCAAUCAUUAAACAAAGGAAGAGGAUUUGCUACAUAUGCUCGUAUCUGUACUCACUCUUCCAUGCUUGAGUUUGACAAAGGAUGUGCAGAUGCUUCCGUAAUACAAGCUAAUUGGGAUGCUUCAAGAGUUCGCGAAAAACUUCAACGUGAUAUAGAUGCACAUGCAUCAUCCGUUUGUAGUGCAAAGUUGUCAGAAUUGAAUGUCAACUAUGAGCAACAACUGUCUGCAUCUUUAACUGGACCAGUAAAGACUCUACUUGAAACUGGUGGAAAAGACACUUGGGCUUCAAUAAGAAAACUUCUUAAUCGUGAAACUGUAGUUGCUAUAUCAGAGUUUUCAACUGUAGUUGCCGAUUUUGAGUUGGACGAAGCAACAAUUGCCGAAAUGUUGCAACAUUUAAGGGAUUACUCAAGGAAUGUGGUGGAGAAAAAAGCAAGGGAAGAGGCAACGAAAAUUAUGAUCCACAUGAAGGAUCGGUUUUCCACAGUCUUCAAUUAUGACAGCGAUUCAACGCUUCGGGUUUGGACUGGUAAAGAAGACAUUACAAGUAUUACCAAGGAUGCUCGCUCUGCGUCUAUGAAGCUUUUGUCCGUCAUGGCUGCCAUCCGCUUGGAUGAGAAGCCAGAUCAUAUUGAAAAAGUUCUCUUUUCCUCUCUAAUGGAAGGAGCUGUUACUGUUUCAUCUUCACAAGAUAGGGAAAUCGGAGCCUCUGUAGACCCUCUCGCCUCAAGCAAUUGGGAAGAGGUUUCUUCAAAGAAUACCUUAAUUACACCAGUGCAGUGCCAGUCCUUGUGGAGACAGUUCAUAGCGGAGACUGAGAAUAGUGUCACUCAAGCUAUUUCAGCACAUGUUAUGGCUGCUACUGCUCGGUGUGAAGAGAUAGCCAACCAGAAAUUCAGUCAAUUGAUCCUCGAUGAGGAUUGGUUGGCACUGGAAGAAGCUGUCCAAAUUGGCCCCGUACAAGGUUUUGGUAAAAGGCUCAGCUCCAUUUUAAGCACCUAUCUUUCUAAAUAUGACACAGAGGCCACCAUCUACUUUGACGAAGGUGCAAGGAACUCAAAACGACAACUGUUGGAGUCAAAAGCGUUGGAUUUUGUUUACCGUGCAUACACGACCAUGUUGGGACAUGUACGUUCCAAAGCGCUUGAAGCUUUUAAAGUGAGGCUGGAGCAAUCAUUAAACAAAGGAAGAGGAUUUGCUACAUAUGCUCGUAUCUGUACUCACUCUUCCAUGCUUGAGUUUGACAAAGGAUGUGCAGAUGCUUCCGUAAUACAAGCUAAUUGGGAUGCUUCAAGAGUUCGCGAAAAACUUCAACGUGAUAUAGAUGCACAUGCAUCAUCCGUUUGUAGUGCAAAGUUGUCAGAAUUGAAUGUCAACUAUGAGCAACAACUGUCUGCAUCUUUAACUGGACCAGUAAAGACUCUACUUGAAACUGGUGGAAAAGACACUUGGGCUUCAAUAAGAAAACUUCUUAAUCGUGAAACUGAAGUUGCUAUAUCAGAGUUUUCAACUGUAGUUGCCGAUUUUGAGUUGGACGAAGCAACAAUUGCCGAAAUGUUGCAACAUUUAAGGGAUUACUCAAGGAAUGUGGUGGAGAAAAAAGCAAGGGAAGAGGCAACGAAAAUUAUGAUCCACAUGAAGGAUCGGUUUUCCACAGUCUUCAAUUAUGACAGCGAUUCAACGCUUCGGGUUUGGACUGGUAAAGAAGACAUUACAAGUAUUACCAAGGAUGCUCGCUCUGCGUCUAUGAAGCUUUUGUCCGUCAUGGCUGCCAUCCGCUUGGAUGAGAAGCCAGAUCAUAUUGAAAAAGUUCUCUUUUCCUCUCUAAUGGAAGGAGCUGGUACUGUUUCAUCUUCACAAGAUAGGGAAAUCGGAGCCUCUGUAGACCCUCUCGCCUCAAGCAAUUGGGAAGAGGUUUCUUCAAAGAAUACCUUAAUUACACCAGUGCAGUGCCAGUCCUUGUGGAGACAGUUCAUAGCGGAGACUGAGAAUAGUGUCACUCAAGCUAUUUCAGCACAUGUUAUGGCUGCUACUGGUUGGUGUGAAGGGAUAGCCAACCAGAAAUUCAGUCAGUUGAUCUUCGAUGAGGAUUGGUUGGCAUUGGAAGAAGCUGUCCAAAUUGGCCCCGUACAAGGUUUUGGUAAAAGGCUCAGCUCCAUUUUAAGCACCUAUCUUUCUAAAUAUGACACAGAGGCCACCAUCUACUUUGACGAAGGUGCAAGGAACUCAAAACGACAACUGUUGGAGUCAAAAGCGUUGGAUUUUGUUUACCCUGCAUACACGACCAUGUUGGGACAUGUACGUUCCAAAGCGCUUGAAGCUUUUAAAGUGAGGCUGGAGCAAUCAUUAAACAAAGGAAGAGGAUUUGCUACAUAUGCUCGUAUCUGUACUCACUCUUCCAUGCUUGAGUUUGACAAAGGAUGUGCAGAUGCUUCCGUAAUACAAGCUAAUUGGGAUGCUUCAAGAGUUCGCGAAAAACUUCAACGUGAUAUAGAUGCACAUGCAUCAUCCGUUUGUAGUGCAAAGUUGUCAGAAUUGAAUGUCAACUAUGAGCAACAACUGUCUGCAUCUUUAACUGGACCAGUAAAGACUCUACUUGAAACUGGUGGAAAAGACACUUGGGCUUCAAUAAGAAAACUUCUUAAUCGUGAAACUGAAGUUGCUAUAUCAGAGUUUUCAACUGUAGUUGCCGAUUUUGAGUUGGACGAAGCAACAAUUGCCGAAAUGUUGCAACAUUUAAGGGAUUACUCAAGGAAUGUGGUGGAGAAAAAAGCAAGGGAAGAGGCAACGAAAAUUAUGAUCCACAUGAAGGAUCGGUUUUCCACAGUCUUCAAUUAUGACAGCGAUUCAACGCUUCGGGUUUGGACUGGUAAAGAAGACAUUACAAGUAUUACCAAGGAUGCUCGCUCUGCGUCUAUGAAGCUUUUGUCCGUCAUGGCUGCCAUCCGCUUGGAUGAGAAGCCAGAUCAUAUUGAAAAAGUUCUCUUUUCCUCUCUAAUGGAAGGAGCUGUUACUGUUUCAUCUUCACAAGAUAGGGAAAUCGGAGCCUCUGUAGACCCUCUCGCCUCAAGCAAUUGGGAAGAGGUUUCUUCAAAGAAUACCUUAAUUACACCAGUGCAGUGCCAGUCCUUGUGGAGACAGUUCAUAGCGGAGACUGAGAAUAGUGUCACUCAAGCUAUUUCAGCACAUGUUAUGGCUGCUACUGCUCGGUGUGAAGAGAUAGCCAACCAGAAAUUCAGUCAAUUGAUCCUCGAUGAGGAUUGGUUGGCACUGGAAGAAGCUGUCCAAAUUGGCCCCGUACAAGGUUUUGGUAAAAGGCUCAGCUCCAUUUUAAGCACCUAUCUUUCUAAAUAUGACACAGAGGCCACCAUCUACUUUGACGAAGGUGCAAGGAACUCAAAACGACAACUGUUGGAGUCAAAAGCGUUAGAUUUCGUUUACCCUGCGUACACGACCAUGCUGGGACAUGUACAUUCUAAAGCGCUUGAAGAUUUUAAAGUGAGACUGGAACAAUCGUUAAACAAAGGAGAAGGAUUUACUUUAUCUGUUCGUACCUGUACUCAGUCUUCUAUACUUGAGUUUGACAAAGGAUGUGCAGAUGUUGCCAUACAACAAGCUAAUUGGGAUGCUUCAAGAGUUCGCGAAAAACUUCAACAUGAUAUAGAUGCACAUGCAUCAUCCAUUUGUAGUGCAAAGUUGUUAGAAUUGAAUUUCAAUUAUGAGAGACAACUGUCUGCAUCUUUAACUGGACCAGUAGAGGCUCUACUUGAAACUGGUGGAAAAGACACUUGGGGUUCAAUAAGAAAACUACUUAAUCGUGAAACUGAAGUUGCAAUAUCAAAGUUUUCAACUGCAAUUUCCGAUUUUGAGUUGGACAAAGAAACAAUUGCCAAAAUGUUGCAACAUUUAAGGGAUUACUCAAGGAAUGUGGUGGAGAAAGUUGCAAGAGAAGAGGCCACAAAAAUUAUGAUCCACAUGAAGGAUCGGUUUUUCGGAGUCUUCAAUUGUGACAGUGAUUCAAUGCCUCGGGUUUGGACUGAUAAAGAAGACAUCAGAAGUAUUACCAAGGAUGCUCGCUCUGCAGCUUUGAACCUUUUGUCAAUCAUGGCUGCCAUCCGCUUGGAUGAGAAGCCAGAUAAUAUUGAAAAAGUUCUCGUUUCUUCUCUGAUGGAUGGAACUGUUACUGUCUCAUCUUCACAAGAUAGGAGAAUAGGAGCUUCUGCAUACCUUCUUGCCUCAAACACCUGGGAAGAGGUUUCUUCAAAUGACACCUUAAUUACUCCAGCGCAGUGCAAGUCCCUGUGGGGAGAGUUCAAAACAGAGACUGAGUUUAGUGUCACUGAAGCUAUUUUAGCACAGGAGGCUUACAAACAGAGUAACAACUGGUUGCCUCCUCCGUGGGCUACUAUGGCGAUUGUCGUUCAUGGUUUCAACCAAUUUAUGCACCUUUUAAAGUAAUUAUGGCCGUUCAUAGUACUAAGUUUGUGCACAGUGUUAAUUACUUGGAAGUCCCAACUGUCUUGUCCGUCUGUCAAACAAUGUUCCUUUUCUAUUCAA